CGCAGUUUCAGAGCUUUUUAGGUCUCGGUUUUUCUGAUGAGUGAUUUCCUGAGCAUGCCUAGGGAAUGACAGGCAUCUCCACAGGCAGGCUGCAUCCACCUCGGCCGGGGUGUCGUCAUUGGCUGCCUAUUAGAAAAACUACAGGACAAUGCAUACCACCGACUGCCGACUGUAAACAUAGGGGAUAUGUGUUCGCUUAGCAUGGACUUCUGGGAGGGGCUAAGGAAGGGCGGUCUGGAGUUUUAUUGAAUAGAGCAGUGUGUAUUAGGCUGCCUGCCUGCCUGCCCUCUUGCUGUGCUCCUGCUAGAGAAAUCAGUCCUUCCUUUCCGACUUAGUCCCCAGGAAGAAGUUGCAGCCUGCGAGGUGUCAUUAAAACGUUUGGAGAUCCUUCAACCAAAUUCUGCAGGGAUUGGUGAUCAACUGGAAGGCUCAGAAGUAGACAUCUGAUCAUUUACCUGUCCAGAUUCUCCGGUCUCCCUAGACCUGAAGCCACACCAUGGAUGAUUUUGAACGUCGCAGAGAACUCAGGAGGCAAAAGCGGGAAGAGAUGCGGCUUGAAGCAGAAAGGAUCGCCUACCAGAGGAACGACGACGAUGAGGAGGAGGCCGCCCGGGAGCGGCGCCGCCGUGCCCGGCAGGAGAGGCUGCGGCAGAAGCAAGAGGAAGAAUCCUUGGGACAGGUGACCGACCAGGUGGAGGUUAAUGCCCAGAACAGUGUGGCCGAUGAGGAGGUCAAGACAACCACCUCAAACACCCAGGUGGAGGGUGAUGACGAGGCCGCGUUCCUGGAGCGCCUGGCUCGGCGGGAGGAAAGACGCCAAAAACGCCUUCAGGAAGCACUGGAACGGCAGAAGGAGUUCGACCCAACCAUCACAGACGCAGGCUUGUCGCUACCGAGCAGAAGAACACAGAACGACACCGCCGAAAACGAAGCUGCGGAGAAGGAAGAAAAAAGUGACCGUCGCCAAGAAAGAUACGAGCUAGAGGAGACAGAAAUAGUCACAAAGUCCUAUCAGAAGAAUGACUGGAGGGACACUGAGGAGAAAAAGAAGGAAGAAAAGGAAAAGGAGGAAGAGGAGGAAGAGAAGCCAAAGCAGGGGAGCCCUGAAGAAAAUCAGGUAGAGGGGCCGGUAGAAGACAGAACAACAGAAACCGUGGCAAUGCCGUUGACAACUGGGCAGACCAGUGCAGAAGAGCCUCAAACAGAGGGGGAGGGGGAGCAGGGGUCAGAAGAGGCCGCCCAUCGUGAAAGGAGGGAGAGGGAAGAAAAGGAGAGAGCCGAGGCAGAGAGGGCCAGGCUGGAAGCAGAAGAAAGAGAAAGAAUGAAAGCUGAGGAAGAACAAAGGGUAGCGGAGGAGAAAGCAAGAAUUGAAGCAGAAGAAAGAGCAGCUGCCCAAGAGAGAGAAAGGAGGGAGGCGGCCGAGAGGGAGAGGGCUAAGGAGGAAGAGAGAAGAGCAGAGGAGGAGAGGCAGCGGGCAAAGGCGGAGGAAGAACAGAAAGCUAAGCUAGAAGAGCAAAAACGCCAGCAGCUAGAAGAGAACAGAAGAGAAAUGCAAGAGAAAAAGCAGAAAGGGGAAAAGGUAGACGAGAAAAUAGAAGGGAAACGGGUAAAUGAAAAGAAAGUACAAGAAGAUAAACUUCAGACAGCUGUCCAAAAGAAACAGGAAGAAGAAAAGGGGGCCAAAGCACAAGCUAAAAGAGAAAAGUCCCAAGAAGACAAGCCUACCUUCAAAAAAGAGAUCAAAGAUGAGAAGAUUAAAAAGGACAAAGAGCCCAAAGAAGUGAAGAGUUUCUUGGAUGGAAAGAAGGGAUUUACAGAAGUGAAGUCACAGAAUGGAGAAUUCAUGACCCACAAACUGAAACACACCGAGAACACUUUCAGCCGCCCGGGAGCAGGAGCGAAGGUGAGCGAGGCCAAGGAGGCCGAAGGCACUUCGCAGGUGGAAGCCGGCAAGCGCCUGGAGGAGCUUCGCCGCCGCCGCGGGGAAACUGAGAGCGAGGAGUUCGAGAAGCUCAAACAGAAACAGCAGGAGGCAGCCCUGGAGCUGGAGGAGCUGAAGAAGAAGCGGGAAGAGCGAAGAAAGGUCCUAGAGGAGGAAGAGCAGAGGCGGAAGCAGGAGGAAGCAGAGAGAAAAGUCCGAGAGGAGGAAGAGAAGAGGAGGCUAAGGGAAGAGAUUGAAAAGCGGAGGGCAGAAGCUGCUGAGAGACGUCAGAAGAUGCCAGAAGACAGCUUAUCAGAUGACAAGAAGCCAUUCAAAUGUUUCACCCCCAAAGGUUCAUCUCUCAAGAUAGAAGAGCGAGCAGAAUUUUUGAAUAAGUCUGUGCAGAAAAGCAGUGGUGUCAAAUCGACUCACCAAGCAGCAGUUGUGUCUAAGAUUGACAGCAGACUGGAGCAGUAUACCAGCGCAAUUGAGGAGACUGCUGGCUUGAAGGUGGGGGUUUCCAGCCGCAUCAAUGAAUGGCUAACUAAAACCCCAGAUGGAAAUAAGUCACCCGCUCCCAAACCUUCGGAUUUGAGGCCAGGAGACGUAUCUGGCAAGCGGAACCUCUGGGAAAAGCAAUCUGUGGAUAAGGUCACUUCUCCCACUAAGGUUUGAGACAAUUCAAGAAAGAACCCAAAGUAGCCGCUUCAAGAUGCUGGACCAGCUCAGUUGAAGAGGGCUAGUUUGCUCUGUUUUAUAUUUAUGUUGAUUUACUAAAUUGAGUUCAUUUCCUUUUGUUUUAUUUUUCAUUAUCCCAGUAAACCCAUGUAUAUUAUCACUAUAUUUAAUAAUCACAGUCUAGAGGUGUUCAUGGUAAAGUACUGCCUUUGCACAGGAGCCUGUUUCUAAAGAAACCCAUGCUGUGAAAUAGAGACUUUCCUACUGAUCAUCAUAACUCUGUGUCUGAACAGUGAUACCAACCACGUCAGAAGUCAACAAAAGGAGAUUCAAGUUGAAAAUUGCCUGAGGAAUGUGUGCAGUGUCCAGAAAAACGAACCAUAGUGGUUUCGUUUUGGUUUUUUUUUUAUUUUAAAUACAGAAGUCAUGUUAUUUCUGCACUUUAGAAUAAAGCAUGGAAGAAAUUAUCUCAGUGGGCAAUUGUAACACUUUCUGAAAGUAACCCGUUUCAGAUUUGAGAUACUACAAUAAUCUUUAAAAAAAUGUCUUUAAAAAAAAAAAAAGAUGUACUGUUAAGGUAUUACUUUUUUCAUGCUGAUGAAUAUCUAAAUUGGUUUAUGAUGUUAGCUGACAUUGGUACUGAUUCUUUAGGUUGGUUGCUUUGUGGAUUUCUUUGGUAGUGAUAGCGAACCACAUUUUAGAUGACCUGAUCAUGUAUGUAUGUGCAUACACAUAUACAAACACACUAAUGGUAGAAAGCUUUUUUAUGUGCUAGACUAUUAUAUUUAGCAGUAUGUCCUUGUAACUAGCCAAUAUCACAGCUUUUUAAAAACUAAAGAUCACAAUAUUAUAUUAAUAUUUCAUAUUUGCCAAUAGAGACAUGGCAGAAUAGGUAUUGAUAUGUUUCCAGUGCCCGCUAACCUGUAAGAAGAAAAGAGAGAUUAGAAGUGUCAAAAUGAGUUGGCAUUUUCUAUAAAACAUAGUAUUUAGUUUAUAAUUAAAAGCAAUCUUGAAGUCCAGUGUGAAUUGUACUAAAUCUACCAUCUGGGUCAAACUCAAAGCUUGCUCAGAACUGUAUUCUAUUCUUAAUAUCAAGUCCGCAGUAGGUUGCCUUAGAUGACAAAUGAGGUCUCUCCCUUCUCUAAAAUUUAAAGACAAGAAUUUUAGUUGCAAAUUGUACAGAUUGGAAUUCUACAUAUGGAUAUACUAUGACCAACAUUGGCUAAUGUCUGGAAGCAGAGAAGAAAAGUGAGCAAGAGCCAAUAUUUAGGAGUCAUGACAGUACUUCCAUUCUUAACGGACUGAAAUGCCUUUUAAAUUAAACUUUUCUAUUUUUUUUAGUCAUUGGUACUUGUCAUAGGUUGAUAACGUGUUGAAUUUUGAAAAACUCUAUGUACCUUUUAUUAGUUUUACCUUUUACCCCCAAGUCUAUUGACUUGUCAUUUUUACAUUUUACACACACAAUCUAGAUAUCAGAUCUUAUUUUAGCUUGUAAGUGUUCAUCUAUUCUUCACAAUGGAUGACAAAAGAGUACUCCAGUGUCUUGGCAAUACGUUCUAGCGUAGAGAUAUACAUAAGUGUAAUUCUAUAAACUUAUACCUCAUUUGACUUAACCAAAAUUGUCUUAGUCUCAAUUCCUGCCACAAUGAGGGAGCCUCGCAAAUGCCUCUUUUCUAAUCUAUGGUAUUGCCCUGGAAGAACUUGCCAGGGCAAGGCUGGCAUGAGAAGUGACCACUGCCUUUCAAAGUCUAUUUUCCUCGUAAACCAGUAAAGAGCUGUUGAAUCCUGUAGCUGUAGCACACCUGGGCCAAAGGAAGGAAAGCCACAAGGAUUGCACAGGUCAUGCCCCUAUGACAGAGUAGACAUGAGUCUAUGAUAAAAUGAACUAGAAUUCACAUGCAGUGCCUAAUUUAGCACCAAGUCCCAUAAUUGGAGUGAAAUGGAUCAAAGUUUGAAUUAAGGCCGAUGGUGAGGUAACAUUGCUUUGUUGUACUUUUGAAUAAGAGCUUCUCUUGAUCACUAUUAUAUAUUUUUUCUAGAAAGUCUAAAGUUGAGAAGAGAAUAUAUCGAUCCUGACUUUUAUUCCAAUACUGGAUGGAAUAAGUUUUAGGGUAGAACUUUGUUCAGUUUGGAUUUAAUCUUUUGAAAAAUAAAUUCCUUGUUUACUUGUUUGAUUACAGUUCUCUUUGUUAUCUUUAAGAAGUAAGACUGCAAGGUGACUAGCAUGUUCUGUGAAUCUGCCAUUCCUAAAAAUUUUAUAAACACUUGAUAUUUUUCACUGAUAAUUGAUCGCUGCAAUAAAUAUAUAUUGUGAAAAUGCAUCCACAAUAAAUGGAAUUCCUCCA